AUGGAAGGCUCUUUGAAGAAGUGGACUAAUUACGUCUAUGGCUGGAGAAAACGCUUUUUCAGUAUCCAAAACGGUGUUUUAAAAUACUACAAGAAAAAAGGAGGCAAACUUAAAGGAAAUAUCGUCCUAACCAACUCUCAAAUCCAAUCCCACACUAACCCAAAGAGAUUUAUAAUAGCAUCUGGUGUUACAGAAAUCCAUCUCAAAGCAGAAAAUCCUAUUGAAGCUCAGAAGUGGAUGACCGCGCUGAGAUCCCAACAAAGUUUUAUUAGGUCUAUGUCUCUGAGUGAUGCCAGACCGACAAGGCUUCCUGAUAUAGAAAUUCCUGCUCCAUCAGGAGGGAAAACAAUAGCGAUAAAAGUUGGAGAACUUUGAGGAAUUCAUGCACAAAUACAAGAAGCAGUGGAUAUGAUACCGAUGGCUGAGAGAACGAGGAUAUUGCAAUUUCCUGUGGAUGGCGCUGUUUUGGCCUUGAUUUUCCCACUGGAAAAAUUUUUUGGUUCGACCAGUACCAUAUGGCUUUGGUCAAACCAAAAAAUUUUCCCAGUGGGAAAAUCUAGGCCAACAUAGCGCCAUCCAUGGGUAAACACUAUACCAGGACUUCAGCGGGUAAUUUUUCUGACCCAAGCUAUAAAAAAGGUUUCAGCAGAAAUUUUGGAUGCAAUUGAUAUGGAAGAAAGUAAAAGAAAUACUGUUAUAAAUGGAUCGAAGUCGGUAGAGAUAGCACCGAUUCAGGAAAAGUUACAAAGUUUUGCGAAUCAAAUGGAUGAGUCAGCAUUAGUUGUAGAACAACUAGAAAAAGAAAUUGAAUUUACUGAAGUAAAAGACCAAAUUGCUGACUUCCAGUCUAUAUAUUUAUAUAAAAUUGUGUUAAUAUCUAUUAUUAAUUUAGAUCAUUUUUUUCUAAUUUUGAGCCUAGAAAAAUAUAUUUAAUUUUUAGAGAAAGGAGUGAAGAAAUUGUAGUAAAAAUCGAACAAGAAGAAAAUGUAUUGAAAAUUCCACACAGAAAGUGCUUGCCUGUGCUUCGGAAUCCUAAUCAAAAAUUCAGUAUCUGAAAAGUUAUCCAGGAUUCUAUAGGAAAAGAAUUAAGCAAAAUUACAGUUCCUGUUUAUUUUAAUGAGCCCUUAAGCUUUUUACAGAGAUUUUGUCAAGACUUGACAUAUUCUGAUGUAAUAGUCAGAGCUGCUGAAGAGUCUGAUCCUUUAUUAAGGCUUGCAUUGGUAGCUUGUUUUGCAGCAAGUGGCUACGCAGGCAGUGAAAAUCGCUUAAUGAAGCCUUUUAACCCUCUAUUAGGCGAAACUUUUGAGCUUGAAACCAACGGCUUUAGAGUAAUCUCUGAACAAGUAAGCCACCAUCCUCCAGUCUCCGCAAUCCAUUGUGACCAUCCUGUAUUUGCAUUUUGGGGUAAUACUGAAGUAAAAACCAGUUUUAAAGGGACCUAUCUGCAAGUAAACCCCACUGGAACAUUCCAUCUUGUAAUAUACCAUUCAAAUAAAAUUAUAAAAAAAAUCAAUAAAUUUCAAAAAAAUCCUUAUUCUCUAUAUUUCCAUAUAAAGCCUUACAAUGACCAUUUUAUUUACCACAAAAUCAAAACCAACGUCCACAAUAUCAUUAUGGGAAAAAUUUAUAUAGAAAACCAUGGAGACUUAGAAAUGUCUAAUUAUACCACAGGUGACCGUGCCACACUUAAUUUUGUAAAAAAAAAAAGCUGGUUUGAAAAAACCACCCAUGAAGUAACUGGGUCUGUUUUCGACACUGACGGAAAUGCGGUAUAUUCAAUAGAAGGGACUUGAACACAAGGACUAAAAAUCAAGCAUAUAGCUACAGAAAGAGUUAUCAUUGGGUAUGAAGUCUACCCAAGCCCUCCUGACUAUGAACAGAGCUAUUUUUUUACAGAUUUUGCGUUACAGCUUAAUAUUCCGCCUGAAUAUUUCCCUGGGCUGACCCCUACAGAUGCAAGAUUUAGACCUGACCAGCGAGCAUUGGAAAAUGGAGACUUAAAAUUGGGUGCUGAAGAAAAGGUCAGGCUAGAAGAAAAACAAAGAGAAGCCAGGAGAAAAAGAGAGGAAGAAGGGAUUGAGUAUAAGCCUGCAUGAUUUUAUAAUGAAAAUGACGAGUGGAUUUAUAAUGGGGAGUAUUGGAAUAGAAGAAAACUCCAACAAUUUGAAGGGUUACCAGAUAUAUUUUAA